GGGGAGUCAGAGGCGAUGCUGGCUUUUUCCGUGAGCGAGCACAAACUACAGCUCCCGGCAUCCCUUUCUGAGCGAGGAAGAAAGGGCUGGGCUUCAGCGGGCGGCUCUUCCUUGGCAGGGCUCCUGAUGCUCUGUGGGAGAGCCGCUCCGAGCCCUAAACGCUGGGCGGCUGCCCCCGCUUUCCUAGAAGCGAAGGCUCUCGGCCGCGGUAGCCCUGGGCGCCCCGGCGUUGAGCUGCGGAUGGAUUUUACAGAAGCCUAUUCUGAUAGAUGUUCAGCUGUUGGGCUUGCAGCCAGAGAAGGCAGUAUCAAACAUUUGAAGAAACUAAUCAAACAAGGAUACAGCAUAGAUGUUCCUGAUAACAGAGGUUGGAUGGCUAUUCAUGAAGCUACAUUUCACAACACAAAUGAAUGUCUAAAGCUUUUAAUUCAAGCAGCACCCUCUGCUAACUACAUAAGAUCCAAAACAUUUGAGGGUACUUGUCCACUACAUCUUUCUGCAAGUAGGGGAAGCUUGGAAUGUGCUGCUGUUCUCCUGGAAUCUGGUGCAGAUCCUAAUGAGCUCACUAAUGAUGCCACCACACCUUUAUUUCUCGCUGUUGAAAAUGGACAUACUAAUGUGGUUAAGCUUCUCCUUCAACAUGGAGCCAAUCUUAAUGGAUCCCACUGCUGGUCUGAAUGGAAUUCUUUGCACCAGGCUGCUUUUCAGAAUUAUCCUGAAAUACUGAAACUACUCCUGGAUGAAGGAGCUGACAAAGAGUCUGUGGAUGACUUUGGGAUCACGCCUUUAUUUAUUGCUGCACAAUAUGGAAAGCUGGAAUGUUUAAGGAUACUUAUAUCAUAUGGAGCAAAUGUCAAUUGUCAAGCAAAAGAUCAGGCCACACCCCUAUUCAUUGCGGCCCAGGAGGGCAAUGAUCAAUGUGUGGAGCUGUUACUAGCCGAAGGAGCCAAUCCAAACCUAUACUGCAAUGAAGAGGAAUGGCAGCUACCUAUCCAUGCAGCAGCACAAAUGGGACAUAGCAAUAUAUUGCGCAUGCUCAUACCGGUUACUGAUCGGGUUUGUGGCAGUGCUGAAGGCAAAGUGAGUCCUGUCUACUCUGCGAUCUACAGUGGUCAGGAAGAUUGCUUGGAGCUCUUGCUUAAGGAGGGUUACAGACCAGAUGCCCAGGCUUGUCCUCUCUUUGGCUGCAGAUCACCAAUGUCUCUUGCUUUUCAAAAAGGAUCUGGAUUAAUUCUCAUUCUACUGAGAUAUGGAAUUAAGGUUCUUGAAAUGGAUUUAGGCCUCUGCCUGCAACACGGAAGAUUCUCUCUAUUUCGGCAUUUCUUGAGGCAGGAUUGCAAGCUCCCGGGUCAGCAGCACCUGGCAGAAUUUUCAAAGCACGCAGUCAGUGCAGGACAUGAGUACAGAGAGUGGCUGCCGUCACUCCUGCUGGCUGGGUUUAAUCCUGUGUAUCUCCUCUGUGACGCAUGGGUUUGCUCUGUAAGCGGUGAUGCUUUGAACUUCCUUCUGGAGUUCAGUAAUUGGAAGAGGCUCCCUUGGAAUGUGGAGCAGGUUCUUUCCAGCUGCAAAGGGACUUCCCUGUGGGUGCCCUGUAGCCAUUUUGAACAUAUCCCAUCCCUGUCUCAUCUGUGCCGCCUGGAGAUCCGGUCACUUUUAACAAGCGCUUGUUUGCGAUCAGACCAGCACAUCCGCCAGUUGCCGAUACCCACUUGCCUACAAGACUUUUUACUUUAUUUGGAUGUAUUAAGAACAUACUCCAUUUCAGAAUCUUGGCUUAAGCUGGGAGAAGUCUACGAAGGAAGUGCCCUGCCAUCUUGUUCUAAUUCAGAACAUACAGAAGAGAAAAAAAUAGAACUGAUGCCAGAUCAUCAGAGUUCUUAGAGCUUUCCACCUUUGUAAAAAAUGAACUGUGCUCUGUUUACUGGUUGCUGCAAAGGUAUACAUUUCUCUUCUGUUACUCACUAUAGUUAUUUCACUUCAGAGACUAGAGGGGCUUGCCUAUACACAAUGUGGAUGCUUUCAGAUAACUUUCACAUGUUGUGAGUUCCUACCUCCCAAAUCUAGAAUUUAAAUAAAAAAAUAGCAUGUAAGUAUAGAUCAUGCCAGUGAUCAGCUGCAUCUAAAACAAGCCAUGAUGACAUCAAAAUGACAACCUGUGUGACAUGACCUUGUGCAAAUGGCACAGUCUUUUCAUGAUACCAUGAUAUCAUGACGUCUGACACAAAUACUUAAGUCACUUCAUUUGGUUGACAGAGUCGUCAUACGCGUGCUAUCAUUUGCCCUCCAGUGGAUAGCCAGGACAGCAAUCCCUCCAAAAUUAAAAGAAGUUUCUCCUUAGCUGUAUCAUGUUGUUGUCUUUGCUCACAAUAAUGGAAUUUACUAAUGAUGAUAAAUGAAAUUUAUACAUGAA